GAGAAACUCAGUGAAACUUUGGAAGCUUUUAGAAGUUUUUCCCGACGGGCUUGUCCAUCGUUGAACCGUCGCGGAGGAGUUAAAGUCUCCGUCUUCCAAUGUUCUGUUUCUUCGCUCACCUCUACAGACACUGCAUCUGAAACCUUGGAGCUCAUACAACGAUAGGCUUAGUAUUAGAAGACGGCUCCGUGUGGUCGGCUAAAUCAUUUGGUGCUUCUGGAACCCGUGUUGCUGAAUUGGUAUUUAACACCUCUUUUGACAGGCUGAGGUAUCAAGAAAUUCUGACUGAUCCUAGUUAUGAUGCUGGCCAAUUUGUGUUUAUGAUAAAUCCUCAGAUCCGUAACACCGGUGUCUUCUGAUCCUAGUUAUGCUGGCCAAUUUGUGUUUAUGAUAAAUUACUGUAUUAUGUUCUGACUUCUGAGGUUGAGAUAUGUUAUAAUUUCCUUUCUCCCAGAUGAUGAAGAAUCAAGGCAAUGUUUUUUCUGGCUGGUUUGGUAAUAAGAAGUCUUAGCAUCAGUACCUCAAACUGGAGAUGUACGAAAACACUUGGUGACUACCUAGCAGAGAGGAACAUUAUGGGAAUCUAUGAUCUUUGACACACGGGCAAUAACCCGUCGAUUAAGAGAAACUGGCAGUCUUAACGGUGUACUUAGCACUGAUGGAUCCAAAACUGAUGAGGAACUUUUGCAUACGUCCCGCUCUUGGGAUAUCGUAGGCCUUGAUCUAAUAAGCGAUGUUUCAUGUAAAUCUCCUUACGAAUGGUUUAACAAAACAAAUCCUGAAUGGGAUUUUAACACAACCUCCUCACAUCACAAGGAAUCCUACAGACAUUAAAGAAAGAGCAAAAAGCCUAGCUAGACUUUACAGGAGCUGAGACUGAGAUCGAUGGCGGUACCGGAGCUUCUUAACGAUUUGGUAGAUGAGAUACUCUGUCGCGUUCCGGCCACAUCUCUGAAACGGUUACGAGCAACUUGCAAACGAUGGAACCGUUUGUUCAAAGAUGAUAGGAGAUUCGCAAGAGAGCACUUUGAUAAUGCCCCAAAGGAGAUUCACUCUCUCAUAUUGACAGAGAAGUGCCGGAUUUGUCCUUUGAGCAUAAUCAAUCUUCGCCCACAUGGAGAUGAUGUUCCUCCUCUUCCAUCUGUAGAAGUAAAAAGAGAGCUUAGCGUCAAGGAAGGCACCCGCCGUUACGGAUCUCAAAUAGUGGUUUGGAACCCGUUUACUGGUCAAACCAGGUGGAUCGAAGCCAACAAUCGUUGGAAGAAUACCAACACAUUUGUUCUCGGGUACUACAACAAGAAGAACAACAAGUCCUCCUGCAGUCAAAGAAGCUACAAAAUUUUGUGCUAUAAUGGUGGCGAAGAUACCGAAAUCUACGACCUUAACUCCUCUGAUUCGUGGAGGAGGAUUCCUGAUGGUGAUCUCACUCCACCAGGCUGGGACGGUAUGAUCGCUGAAGACAUCGUGCCUUUGAAGGGAAAUACUUACUUUUUUGCUAAGGAGAAAUCAAAACCGCAUCUUGGCUGGUCAUUGCUCAAAUUUGAUUUCUCAGCUGAGAAAUCAUCUCUGUUUGUGCCUCUUCCCUAUCAGUGUCCAAGGUAUAAAUUUUUUCGUCUUUCUGUUGUUAGAGACGAGAAACUUUCCGUGUUUUUACAGCCCGAUUCUACAUGCAAGACUGAGAUAUGGGUGACAAGUAAGAUUGAUAAUGCAUCCACCAAAACUGUGUCCUGGAACAAUGUCUUAGCAUUUAAUUUGAGCCCUCAUCUUCAAAUUACUGAUCUGGUAAAUUUUGUGCUUGACGAGGAUAAGAAAGUCGCCGUGUGUUGUGAUAGAUGGAUAGAAGACUGCUACAUCCACUGCAUCGACAAGAUAUUCAUUCUCAGGGAGAACAAUCAAGUUAGUGAAUCUGGUUGUGAUCCGCUUGUUACACAUCAGACAUGACCUUGGCCAGCUCUUCUUUAUUACGUUCCAAGUUUGGUCCAAAUCUAGCGACCUGCUGGAGGCAAAAGAAAAGGAGUUGACUAAACAACCCCAGCCAGAUGUGUGGUUUUGUAUUGUUCCUUGCUUGCUUUAAAACACUACUACGUUUUAUGAUCAAAACGUAUGUCUAUUGAAAGAAUAAUUGUCUUAUGUCUAAAAAAAUCAGGCAUUUUUCUAAUUCAA